AUGUCUUUUGCAGAACUGUACGUGCUUGCAUCCAAAGUCAGAUCCAAGCUUACGCGAGAGGCCUCCAACCCCAAAACCUCUCUUCGCUCGUUGGUGCUCCAGGCUAACAUGUUGGACAACUUGAUGGACCACAUUGCCUCUGAGACUGAGAAGAAGAAGGCUGCCCAGGCUUCCCACACCGCUCCAAGAGUGUCGUUUUCUUUGCCAGAAAAGCCAAAGAUGCCAGUUGUUGCUGGUCCCUCUGUUACUGAAUAUGAAAUUGACUACGACUCGGCUUCAGACUCGGACGACGACUACGAGGACUAUGCCAUCUCCACCGAUGCUUCCCACGCUGUUUACUAUUCCGGCUCUGAUUCUGAAGACGACUCCGAAGAUGACUACUACUACCUGUCUGAUGAAGAAGAGGAGGACGACGACUACCAUCUCACUCCUUCCCUGUCCUACAGACAGUUGCCUGCCAUCGACCUUUCGGACAUGAACCUCCACAGAAGCCUCUCUGUUAUUGAAGAGGAGAACGAGGAGAUGCCAGAGUUGGCCAGAUCCAGCCUGGUUUCUGACUCAGAUUCCGAAAUUGAAGAUAUCCCACCAUCUACAUCCGUUAACAUGGCUGACGAGGACCACCUAGUCCACGAACACCCAGCCCCAAAGUCCCCCGCUACCGCCACCCCUGCGGACAAUGUUUCUUUAGUGACUCAUCCUCAUAUUGUACGCCACCUGAGACAUAAUGCUGUCUACCUGAUGGAACACGUCUUUUAA